AUGGCUACUGUUGCGGUUGGCACUCCUUUAGCGGAGGCUCUGAGUAAUGCUAUUCAGCCAAAGCUGGUUGAGAUGGGGUGGAGCUCUGAUAGCAGCGAUUUGGCCUUGACAGAGUAUGUCAUCUUGAUGCUCGUCAACGGCAAAACCCAGGAUCAAAUUGCGAGUGAACUUUCCAACGAUCUUCUCGGACUCGGCGAAGGAGACACACAGGCGCUGGACUUCUCAAGGUGGCUCUUUGAACAGGUCGAGACUCUCAACCAGCAAAUCAAUGGCCAGACCGCGACGACGUCAGAUGAGAACCCUCAAGCAAUUCCCUCGUUUAACGACCAAGAGACCUCAACCCCUCAGGCGCAAGGGCCUGGAAAUGACUUUCAAUCCUCUGAUAUGAACAUGGGCGACGUAACGGGAGAUGGAAUACCGACCGGACCAAAAUCCAUGCGCAACGGUCGCCAAGGCAGUCAAGGUGGAAGAGGUCGGAUGCUGAACCAAAUCAACAGAAGUCUGGAGCGGGGGGAUUCUGGUUUGCAUCGAAUUCGCGACCAGACUGGUGGCGGCCGAAUAAACACCCACGCUCGCGGCGGGAUGAGAGGAGGACGUUUCAACCAGAAUGGCAACGGACGAACGUUUGGUGGACGACAAAUGGGCGCCUUGGGUAUGGGCAACAAUCCAAUGGCCGGUGGUGCGGGUAAUCUGAUGAACAUGAACCCGAACGACCAGAUGCACCUAAUGUCGCUUCUUGAAGAACAAGCCAGGAUGAUGUCGCAACUGAUGCCCGGCUUUGUUCCUCCGGCAAUCAACCCAGCCUUCCAGCAGACUGGCGGCCAACGCUCGUUGUCCGACCGAGUCGAACGCCCUAGGGGUCCCCGUCAACAAGGAGGCUUCGGAAACCGAACGGACUCGAAAAAUAUUGACACUGAUAUGGAUACAAGUCCCGAUCAGCAAACCCAAAAUGGUGGCCAGGAUGAAAACAACACUGACAAUGUUUGUCACUUCAACCUUCGUUGUACGCGGAAGGAUUGCCCCUUUGCGCAUCAAUCCCCCGCAGCCCCCGAAGGUACUCCGAUCGACAUUGCGGACCCAUGCUCUUAUGGUGCAGCAUGCAAGAACCGGAAAUGUACCGGACGGCAUCCCUCGCCAGCUGUGAAAUCGGCUCACCAGGCCGAAGAGUUUUGCCGAUUCUUCCCUAAUUGCACGAAUCCCCACUGCCAUUUCAAACACCCCUCUAUGCCGCUUUGCCGCAACGGCGCCAAUUGUACGGCCGCCGACUGCAAGUUCACGCACCUCCAGACUGCCUGCAAAUUCAACCCUUGUCUCAAUCCUACUUGUCCUUACAAGCACGCUGAAGGCCAACGAGGGUCGUUUCCCGAUAAAGUCUGGACCGCAGACUCCGCGCAGGGCAAAGCACGCGUCAGCGAGCGGAGGUUUGUUAAUGAUGAGGAGUCUCCCGAGGAGCUGAUCAAGCCGGAAUCUACUGCGGACGGCUCUUCACAGGAGAUCACGACCUCAUGA